AUGCCGUCCAGAGGUCCUCAAAGUGCGGAGAGCGGAGAAUCCCUGGAGGAUGAUCAAUCCCACCUCUCCACUUCCUCGACUAAGCAGCAAAGUUUUGAUACCAAGAGUAUGGCUUCCGUAACAACUUUUGCGAUGGACGAAAAAGAGAGUAUCCGUCCCGAUGACAGUGCAAGUGUCCGAGCAGCGGAUGAUGACGAGACCCCGAACGCCGCAAGCAGAGAAUCAAGUUUGCACCGCGAUUCAGAGCCUCUAGUAUCAGGCCAACAGCCAGCCCUUCGACCUAACGCUUCCGGCGUCACCAUCGCAGCGCGCCGUUACCAAACCUUGACCUUGACAAACACCCCCCGUUUUGGUGAUCUGCCUGUUGCUCCCCUUGUCCAAGAACAAAAUGCACAGCAGGCAGGGUCGGGAAGCUCGAUCAUGCAACCUGAUUCAGAUGAGCGAGUAUCGGCACUCCCUGUUGCACCUGACGAGAAGUUACUGGAUGCUUUGGCAAGUCCGAAGGACCGUCUACCUCUGCUACAGCUGGAAGAGAAAUUCAUUGGGUUUAUUGCUAAUCCAGAGAGCGACUUUCUUGACCUGCCUCCGCAAAAUUCCUUCGCCAGACUCCUCUCCCACAAGCUCGCGGAUUACUAUUCUCUUGCGCAUCAUAUCAAUGACGAUGGCACUUCGAUCCGCCUCUUCAGGACUCCUUGUGCGUCUUUGCCGACUCCAUUGCAUGUUUUAGCUCAAUCCAUUCCUGCGAGUCAAGCGCAGGCUCCUGCAGCUACAGGUGUAAAAAUCAUGCGCAGGGGUGGAUUGGCCCUGCGUCAAGGGUCUGCUGGUGGCAGCACUCCUGCAAGCUCCUCUGUCCCAUCGAAAGCGACCUCGGAAGCUGGCCUGGACAUAGGUGUCGAAGAAGGCCUCAUGUUUCCUGCCGAUGGGACCCCGAACAAGGAUAAGUCCAAACUGACCAGGGAAGAGCGAGAAGCCCAGUACAAAGCAGCGAGAGAAAGAAUCUUUGGCGAUUUUCAGGAGUCGGUGACCAGCGAGAGCGCUUCAACUGGAGAAAACUCGGCUAGUAUGUCUCGAUCGAGCUCGUCCAGCGGAAAGAGAAAAUCGCGGAAGCACAAAACCCCAAAGGACGACAGUUUCGAGGCACGCUCAGCAUUUAUUCCUAGCUAUGCGCCUCUGCACAUGCAACACAUGCCAGCGCAUUAUCAGCCCCAAUAUGCCGAGCAAGCCUAUCAAGCCCCCUAUCAAAGCCCGCCCAACGGAUACGGCACGGGCUACAACUAUGGAACCACUCCCACUCAGUCUUAUCCUAGCUUUGAGCCAUCCAUGCCGUACAACAGCAAUAACUUGGGAUACAUGGCCAGCAACAGCCAGCAAUUCGCUCCCUCGGACUCGUGGUCGUCGAUGCAAACGCCUUCGUCUGCGGAAUGCUUUAACUAUUCUGCAUCUUCCACUGGCUAUCAGCAGAACAUUUCACCGAUGAUGAACCAAGCAACCGGUCAAUUUAUGUCACCAACUUAUCCUGGAAUGCAACAGCCCCAGAACUGGAUGAACACACAAUUUCAACCUCCUUAUCAGCAACCUUCGGCCCCAACUGGCUCAAGCAUGAAUAGCUGGUCAGGUUUCCCAUCUACUACACCUUUAGGCAACACGACAUCUCAUGCGCAUGGGCAACUUUCCGGCCAACAAUACAGCGGAAACCCUGCUUAUAACGCCCAGCAACCUGUCCCUGGCAGCUAUUCAAGGUCCUUGUUCAACCCACAGACACGGUCUUUCAUCCCCAGCAAUGCCAUGAGCCGCGUCGGUGGCCGCAAUGGCCGGAAGAAACCUUCGGCUUCGUCGGCCCAGAUUCGAACCAACAGUACCUCGAGGCCUCCUGCAGCUGCCGAACCUUCUGGUGUAGCUAUGUUCCCUCCACCACGGCGGUUCGAUCAAGGGUCGAUCACCUUAUCUUCAGCGAAUCUUCAAUCAGACUCCUUGCAGCAGAAGUAUGGUGCCCCUGCCCACCUGCCCAAGAAACCCCCGCCAUCUCAGGUGCCAACAUCAUAUGACGUUGAUGGUAUCAACAACACAGCAUCAAGCACGGGUUCAGGUUCGGUGAAUGAAGGGCCAGGUCCUGGAAGUGGCGGAUUAAGUGGUGGCUCCCCUGCAUGA